GGCUCGGUCAGAUGUGUCAGUCGGGCCGCUCUCUGCUUCAGUCUCCUCUCUGAUCUGAGCGCGCUCCUCUCUGCAGACGGUGGAGAUGCACAAAGAGAAAGUUUCUCGGAGAGAGAUUGGCGUCUUCACGGCGGUGAGACGAGUCCCGCGCAGCCACAAGAUCCUCCCCCCUCCUCAGCCCUCCGCCGGCACGCAGCCCCGCCCACCGUACAGCCGCCGACCAAUCAACUACCAGCAGCUGGACGGCCUGGGCCACGGCAUGAAGGUCUCUGGGAAACAGUCGGAGCGAACAGGAACCAUCCGUAAACAUGGCGCCUCCAUCAG